AUGAAGAGGUCAGGCUACAUGACGGGGGGCCGCCGAGGCAGCUCCCCAGGGCGCAGCACGAAAUCCAAGCUGCCGCCGUUUCCCAUGCGACAGAUGUUCGUUCUCGCGCUCUGCAGAAUAUGCGAACCGAUCGCCUUCAUGUCCAUCUUCCCGUACAUUUACAGGAUGGUCGAGGACUUCCACAUCACCGAGGAUGAGAGCAAAAUCUCUGUUUAUGCCGGCAUGGUCACUUCCGCUUUCACCUUGGCCGAGUUUUCGACGGGCGUUAUGUGGGGAAGACUCAGCGACAAAGUUGGUCGCAAGCCCGUCCUCCUGAUGGGCCUCUUUGGCACUGCGAUUAGCUCUCUGGUAUUUGGAUUCGCCCCGAACCUGCCCGUUGCUCUUUUUGCGCGGGCCCUCGGCGGCCUUUUGAACGGCUCCAUCGUCGGCCCUUUCAUUGGUGGCGCACUCGCCAGGCCUGUCGUCACGUAUCCUUGGCUGUUCGACGCGGGUACGAUCUGGGACCGAUACCCCUACCUCUUGCCGAAUCUUUUCAGUGCCGCCACUGUCUUCUGCGGUGUAAUCAUUGGUCUUCUUUUCCUGGAGGAGACCCACGCUGAGAGGAAGAAGAGAAGGGACCCAGGUGUUGAACUGGGAAAGCGCAUUCUGUCAUGGGUUUCCACCAAGAGUUGCCAGAUUCCGACCCGCAAGGCAGAGAAGCAGGCCUUGCUCGACGACGACGAACUCCCCGGUUACCGCACGUCAGAGAAUUCGCCCCAGCUCGUUGGCUCUACUUCUGCUAUCCCCGAGCCCACGGAAACCCUGGACUUGAGCGAUGCCGCAAACAGUGAUGAGGUUACUGAGCAACCGAAAAAGAUCUUCACCAGGCCUGUCAUUUUGAACAUCAUCUCCUACGGUAUUUUGGCUUUCCACACCAUGACGUUCGACCAACUGUUCCCUGUCUUCCUCAGCACCAAGCCGGAUGCGCACCCGGACACUCAUCUUCCUUUCAAGUUCGUCGGCGGCUUUUCCAUGGAGACCGGACCCAUCGGCGUCAUCCUCGCAGUCCAGGGCGUUUACUCCAUGAUCUCGACGGUUUUUAUCUUCCCGUGGGUUACUCGACGCCUUGGACCCCUCCGCCUCUUCAGAAUGUUGGCCAUUUCGUACUUCAUGCUGUACCUGACGACCCCUUACCUGGCCCUCUUGCCGGAGAACUUUAGAAUGGUUGGUGUCUACUUCAUGGUCAUUUGGAAGUGCACUUUCUCGACCAUGGCUUACCCCAGCAACGCGAUUCUGCUCACCAACUCGGCGCCGAGCCUCAUGUCCCUUGGAACGAUUAAUGGUGUCGCGGCCUCUACGGCGAGCUUGUGCCGAGCCUUUGGACCGACCAUUUCUGGCUUCAUCUACUCCCUGGGUAUCCAAACUGGCUACUCCGGCCUCGCAUGGUGGACCAGCGGUGUCAUUACCAUCAUCGGCGCCUUCCUCAGCAUGCAACUUACCGAGCCUCGCGGUCGUCUGGAUGAGCCCGUGAAGGACAUUGAGACGGCAGUCGAAUCAACAGAAGUCGAGGGUCUGUUAGUCCCCAUUGACGACGAGGACGAGUUCGAAGUGGAGGCCGGCCCGAGCCGUAGAUCGUGA